AUGUGUAAGAGUCGACGCAGAGAUGACUCAUAUUCUUCAACAGAGUGGAGUGAAGCCUUCACACUGUUAGUAACAAAUGAAACCCGUCCUGUCCUCACUGUGUCUCCAUCAUGGCUGAGUCCUGGAGCCUCAGUAACUCUGAACUGUGAGGUUGAACAUCCGUCUGCAGGAUGGAGCUUCUACUGGUAUAAAGCUGUUCCUGAUCUAUCAGAGAAAUCCUACAGUUAUGAGCUGCUACCUGAUGGGACUGCACAGGACUCCUACAUCAUUGAUGGACAGACACACACAGCAGGAUAUGUGUGUAGAGCUGGAAGAGGAGACCCAGAGUAUCACACUGAUCACAGUGAACCAAAGUUUGUCUGGUCUGCAGAUGUUCAUUCAGCAGCGUCUCUCACAGUGAGUCCUGACAGAGUGCAACACUUCACCUCUGACUCUGUCUCACUGACCUGUGAGGGAAACUCUGCUGAGUGGAGAGUGAGGAAGCUCGCUGAGGACGGCCGACUGAACUCUGACUGUUGGCCAAUGACUGGCUCUGCAUGCAACAUCAAUACAUCACAGUCAGAUACUGCAGUGUACUGGUGUGAGUUUGGAUCAGGAGAGUUCAGCAAAGCGGUCAACAUCACUUUACAGGGUAUGUUACUUAUCCUGGUGAGUCCUGUUCAUCCUGUGACUGAAGGAGCUUCUGUUAGUCUGAGCUGCAGUUUGAGGACACAAAAAAUAUUUUCCAAUGUGUUUUUCUACCACAAUGACAAACUUAUUCAAAAUGAUACCCGAGAGGAGCUGAACAUCUCUGCAGUGUCAAAGUCUGAUGAAGGUUUCUACAAGUGUGAAUACUCAGGAAGAGAGUCACCACAGAGCUGGAUGUUAGUUAAAGCUGUGUCCAGUCUUCAAAGCCUUUCAUUUCUUAUUCUGGUGAUCGUUGGGCUCAUUUCUGGAAUCAUUUUUAUUUUCCUCCUCUUGUACAAAAAGUGCAAAGGUUCGGCUGAGGAUCAGAGGGUCAGUCAGCAUGAAACUCAACAGCAGGUGUACUCCUCUCUUCUUCAUGGUGAUCGUUCUGUCUAUGAGACGAUCAGAGGCUCUGAAAACACUGAAAAUGAUCAAAGAGAAGGUGAUUACGCCAAUGUCUCAUCUGUGAUUCAUCUCAAAGUUAUUAACAAGCCAAGGCAACAUGAUGACCCAGAGGAGAGCUCAGACUACAAAAAUGUGAAUCCGAAAUCAGCCACAGGUCAUUAUCAGCAACACAGGAGAAAUGUCUAAUGACAGCAUCUUCUUUUGAGG